CCAAUUGACAAGAACUUGCUCCGAAACCCGCGCCUUGGAUCUGCGUUCUGACCGCUUUCAGCGCCGGAACCCCAGCCCAGAGCGGUCAGCCUGUAGCGCCCGCGUCGGGGUCACCCCGCGCUCCCCCGCCACACCUCAGGGUCCUCGCUGCCCGCGCUUUCUCGCCGCCUCUUCCCGCGUUCGGCGCGGCCGAGCUGGGCCCAGACUUGGCGAUCGCCAAGGGCGGCUGGGCGCCGGGGAACCCGGGCUGCCGCGGCCCAGCUGGUGGCUCCUGCGGGAGCUGGCCGCCUCCAUGGCCUCCAGGCGGCCCGGGCCCGGCCGCGCGAGGGCUUAGGAGCGGGGCUUCCCAGCAGCCAGGAGCAUGGUGGGGGUCUUGGCCAUGGCGGCGGCGGCUGCUCCCCCUCCGGUCGAGGACUUGGAGGUUGAGGCAGUCAAAAAGCGAAGGAAAGAUGGUGAUAGAUCUUCUUACAGAACAAUUACAAAAUAUUUGUUGCCUCCAGCAAAGGCUGGAGACAGAGUUUUCUCUUCAUCCAAAUCCAGUAAUAUUCUGGAUUAUUUUAGAAAGACUUCACCUACAAAUGAGAAGACUCAAACAGAAAAUCGUAAGAUAAAGUCAUCUGCACUAUUUCCUGUUGGCAGUGGCAAAGACUGCAAGACACCCUUGGAAAUGUUCUCAAAUAGAGAGCUUAAGAAGAGGAGAAAGAGAGUUAAUUUAUCUCAUCAGCUAGACAAUGUUAAAACUGAAGCUCGAUCUUCAACUGUAGUAAAUAGUGAUGGUAGUAAAGAAGACUCUGGUUUAAAAAAUGAUUUUGUGGAAAGCAGUACUUCACUUGACUCAAAGCACGAGGUAUUUGUAGAAAGUAUUCAAGGUACCAAAACCCACUCAAGCACUAGAACCUCCAAAAAAAGUUCUAAAAAAGGAAAUCUUAAACAAAGGACUACAAAAAGUGAUUGCAAAAAAUUGAGGAAAAGAAAACAGAGAUAUAUAAUAGAUCUCUCUGAAAGUUUAUCUUUAGCAGAAGAACUAGAUCUUAAAAAAGAUGGUAAAUACAGUGAACAGAUAAUGCAUUCGCCAGUUAGUGAAAUCGAGAGUUCCACGAAUGAUACAAACUCUAGAGAUGCUACAACUCAAACAGCCAACUUAAAUGAUAGCACAAUAACUGUUUCAUAUGAGGAAUUUUUAAAAAGUCAUAAGGAAAAUGAAGUCAAACAGGAACCAGCUUCGACAAUAUCAAUUUGUAUUCCUUCUGAAUCUGUUGAAGAGACAGUCAAAAGUGAUUCUAUGAGUGAUACAGAAGUAUGUGAAAUUUCUCAGCAGGUACGCUUCAAAACAGUAACCGUUCUUGCACAAGUUCAUCCUAUCCCCCCGAAAAAGACAGGGAAAAUACCCUCAAUUUUCUUGAAACAAAAGCAGUUAGAAAUGGAAACAAGUUUAUCUGAUCCUGAAAGUGAACAAACAGUUCAGAAAAGAAAGUCUAAUGUUGUCAUACAAGAGGAAGAAUUAGAACUGGCAGUGUUGGAAGCUGGAAAUUCUGAAACUCUGAAACCAAAAUGUACGUUAGAAGAAAGACAACAGUUUAUGAAAGCAUUUAGGCAGCCAGUAUCAGAUACACUUAAAAAUGGAGUAAAAAAAUCUGAUAAGCAGAAAGAGGUCAGUGAAAAAACUUUACAUGAGGAAAGAAGAGACAAUAACUCUAAAAAAAUCAUGGAAAAUUCUGAUAUACAAAUGAUUUCAAAUAAUGAGAAUCUGCAGCCAUACACUGAUAAAGGGAGUUUUUCUAGUGAGAAAAGCAAAAAACCCAAGAAAAAAAGUAAGAAAAUAUUAGCUCCUGCUUCUACUCCAGGCAAAGGUGAAAGAGCAGAUUCUCAAAAGAAAGAAAGAACUUUUCCUUCUAAAGGCAAACAGAAUGAAAACAGACUUAGAAUGAGUUUACGACAAAAGAAAACAGAAGUUUUCAAAAGCAGUGACACACUUGAUUGUGAAGUCAUAGCAGAUGAAGACCCUCAAGUGAUUAUUUCUCUACAUAACAAUAAAUCUUCAAGAAAAACCAGCACACCAGUUAAGGACAAGGUCGUAUUUUCUAAAACUAAACCUGAAGACAAGUUCACAAAUACUUCAACACCCAAAUCAACCAGGAGAUCUUUAAGAAACAGAAACAGAAACACACCCACUACAGUAAUCAUUAGAGAUAGUGAAUCUGAAGAAAUACAAGAUGAUAGUCCAGUAAAGACUUCAAAAGCAACCAACUUACCAGAAAAGCAUAGCUUAUAUACGGCGGAAUUAAUAACAAUAUCAUCUGAUUCACAGAGCCCUAUUAGAAUGAAAUUUACCAGGAUUAGUACUCCCAAAAAAUCCAAAAAAACAUCCAUGAAAUCUGAAGUAAUUGAUGGAGAUUUUACUUCUCAGGCCAGAAAGGCAAGUACUGCUUCAAAAAAUGUGUCAAAAGCAAAACAGCUGGUUGAAAAAGCAAAAGCUUUACAUAUCAGUAGGUCAAAAGCUACUGAUGAAAUAACAACACCCUUGAGGCGUUCAUCGAGACAUCAGACACUUCCUGAAAAGAAGAUACUGUCAGAAACAGAAGAUUCUGUAAUAAUAAUAGAAUCAAGUCCAGCUUCUUUAAAACAUCCUGAGAAAAAUCAGAAGAAACUUCAGUGUCUAAAUGAUGUCCUAGGAAAAAAACUUAACAAGACUCCUAAAACUGUACCUGGAAAUAUGAAGGUUGCGCCUUUGUUUCUAACCAGAAAGGCUCAAAAAACUGCUGAUCCCAUCCUUGGUUUUGAAGAAAGCCAAGAUAUAGCUGACAAAUCGCAAGAAUGUGAUGAGCAACUUAAAGCAAAGCGUGAUUUUCUAAUGAGUGGUUUACCAGAUCUACUGAAACGACAAAUUGCAAAGAAAGCUGCCAUCUUAGACUUGUACAAUGCAUCGAGUACCAGUUUUCAGAGAGUUGUUCAUGUACAGCAAAAAGAUGAUGGAUCUCUUUUGUGGCAUUUGCAACUACCUACUUGUCCUCUCUUAACUAAACUUAAGGAAAUAAAUUCUAAAGUAAUAGAUUUCUCAAAAUGUGUUAUGACUCUUGGUGAAUUUUCAACAUUAAAUUCAAUUUCAAUAAGUAAUAAUUCUAUUAUGCGUAAUGGGAGAAGAAGAGAUUUAACUGAAGAAGUAAGGAAUCUUCUGCUAGAGGAAAUUCAGUCAUCAAAUCCUGAAUUUUCUUUAAGGAACUAUUUUCCUUUACUUCUAAAAAAACAAACCGAGCACCAGGUACUUGCUGAGUGUCAUCAUAAACAAGAAAUUUCACGGCUAAAGUCUGAUGUCAAUCAGAAAGAAACCAAAAGAAAGCGAGUGGAAAUGGAAUGUCAUAAAUCAAAAAGAAAGAAACCAAAUGAUUCAGAAAGUCCAAAAGAUAUAAGUGUGAAAAAAGAAGAAAUUGACAAAAGAAAGAAUUCCAAUGGGACAAAGCUAGGUUCUUCCAAAGGUCUGCUUUCUAAAACAUCCAGGAAGAAAAAGACUCCUUUGAGUAGAACAUGCAUAGCAGAGUCUGAAGCAGGAGACGAUUGUGAUAUUCUGAUAAUAGAAGACAAUGAAUUUACAUCAGAAAUAUCUACUGUUUCUGAUUCUGGAACUGAAGACAUGCUUUGGACAGAAAAAUAUCAACCUCAAGACUCCAGUGAACUCAUAGGCAAUGAGAUUGCUAUAAAAAAGUUACAUAGUUGGUUGAAAGACUGGAAAAGAAGAGCUGAAUUGGAAGAAAGACAGAAUAUACAGGGAAAAAAAGAAGAGAAACAGGAAGAUCUGUUGGAUGACAGAGAUUUUAAAUGCAGUUCAGAUGAUGAGGAAGAGACUCGUCUUUGCAAUACUGUUCUUAUAACAGGGCCAACAGGAGUGGGAAAAACCGCAGCAGUAUAUGCUUGUGCUCAGGAACUUGGUUUUAAGAUAUUUGAAGUGAAUGCUUCUUCUCAGCGCAGUGGUAGACAAAUCCUAUCUCAACUGAAGGAAGCUACUCAGUCCCAUCAAGUAGAUAAGCAAGGUGUAAAUUCACAAAAACCAUGUAUUCUUAAUAAUUACAACUUAGGAAAGUCACCAAAAAAGUUAAAUUCCCCUAAGAAAGUUGUGUCAUCACCAAGGAAACUUGCUCCACCAUCACCCAAAACUAAUGGACCAAAACGAGCACUUCCACCUAAAACUUUGGCAAAUUAUUUUAAAUUGUCUUCCAAAAUGAGAAAUAAUGAAAUAGGAGAACUUCUGGAAAGUAAUAAAGGGAUAAAAAAUUCUUUGGAACAGAAGCAAAUUAUCCAUACUAAAUCUACAAACAUAGCUAAUUCAAAUGUCAAAGAAUUUGGAGCUGAAGAAAUCAACAGGAAAAAUGCAACAUCUCUCAUUCUUUUUGAGGAGGUUGAUGUAAUUUUCGAAGAAGAUGCCGGGUUUUUGAAUGCAAUCAAAACAUUCAUGGCAACAACUAAAAGGCCUGUUAUCCUUACUACAAGUGAUCCAACAUUCAGUUUGAUGUUUGAUGGCUGCUUUGAAGAAAUUAAUUUCAAUACUCCUUCACUGCUAAAUGUUGCCAGCUACCUACAGAUGAUCUGCUUGACUGAAAAUUUUAGAACUGAUGUAAAAGAUUUUGUAACAUUGUUAACUGCAAAUACUUGUGAUAUCAGAAAAAGUAUCCUUUACUUACAAUUCUGGGUUAGAAGUGGAGGUGGAGUUUUAGAAGAAAGACCAUUAUCCUUUUGUCGAGAAGAUAGUAAAAAUAGAAAACUUUUUUGCUCUGAAGAUGGUCCUUGUUCUAAAAACAAUCCAAAGAAUACUAAAAGGAAUCCUACAAACCUUCCCAAAUGUGACACUGGCUGUGUUGAUACCAUGUUUGGUCUUAAGAAUAUUUUAUCUCCAUCUGAAGACUUAUUUUCAUUUUUCAAGCACAAAAUCAGAACAAAGGAAGAAUGGCAUAAACUCAUCCAGCUUCUUACAGAAUUCCAAGUGCAGAAUACUGAUUUCUUUUACAGUAAUCUUGAGUUCAUUUUACCAUUACCUGUUCAUAUCAUUCCUGAAAUAGAAAACAUUUAUAAGUCAUCAGUUAUUGGGGACAGCAGUCCAUCAUCAAAAAAUUUGAAAUGUCUUGUUAGGAAACAUUCUGAAGGAGAACAACAAUUGAAAAAGUCACCAAAAAAGAAAUAUAAGAAAAAAAUUGUAACUCUAGAUGAUAGUGACUUAUUUGACACUGAAUUGGACUUUUCUGAUGAGAUUAUUAGACUACCCCCUGCAUCUUUCUCAAAUUCAGAAGAGAGGAAAGCCACAGACAAGGAAAGCAACCUAGAGACAAAGAACUUAAAAUGUUUAGAGUCUAACAUUGAACCUAUGCCUCAUCCAGCUAAAACACCAGCAGAAAAAAAAUGCUCUGCCCUUGUUUCUCAUUGUUUAAAUUCUCUCACUGAAUUCAUGGAUAACAUGUCCUUCCUAGAUGGCUUUUUAACUGAUGCAAGGGAACAAAAAGAAUUUGGUAAAAAUGACUUUAGUUGGACAAAUGGAAAAGUUAAAAGUGGACUUUGUGAUGAGUUUAGUCUUGAGAGUAAUGAUGGAUGGAUUUCUCAAAACUCUGGAGAAUUAAAGGCAGCCAUAGAAGCUCUCAGCUUUAGUAAAUGUUCGUCUACUAUUUCAAAAGCACUGGAGAACUUGGAUUCUUGCAAGGCAUUAGGAAAAGACCCAAUGGAAGAUCUUACAAUUUAUAUUUCACAAAAGCGCAGCAAUGUAUAUUUCAGUCAAUCAGUGGCUAAUUUGGACAAUGCUUCGAAGAGGGUUGCCGUAAUUAAAAGUGUAUUUUCUAGCCGAUCUCUUCUGAACCUUGGUAGUAGGCAAGCUAGUAUAACUGAAUACUUGCCCACUCUUCGAAACAUUUGUCGGACUGAGAAGCUAAAAGAACAAGGAAAAAGUAAAAGAAGGUUCCUGCACUAUCUGGAAGGAAUUCACCUUAACAUUUCAAAAGAGACUGUCAACAGUUUAGCAGCUGCCUUCCCUUAAUAUGUUACAUUAAUCAUGUCUUGUACAGAUAAUUAUGUGGUCCUUAAUAUACUUUUUAUAUUGAUGCUCAUAGAAGAAUUUAUGUGUCUUAAUGUACAUUUAAAACAGGCUGUAUAUAUAUUUCUACUAAUGUGCAAAUAUUUAAGUGAAAAAAUUUGAGUUACAGAUUGUAUUUAUAAUUGUGGUAGUUUUUUUUUCUGAAAAUAUUUUGUAUUAUUCAAUGACUUAGAUUUUUUUAUUAUUAUUUUUUUUACUUUGUAUGUGACUGAGCUAUUUAUAGAGUAGAGAUCACUAAGAUAUUUCUAAAGAUGUUUUAGUGCUAAACAAUUUAUCACUUUUGCCUGAGACUCCAAGGUCCCAGGUUUAGUCCCCAGCACCACAAUAAGGCAGAGUUAAGCAGUGCUCUGGUCUCUCUCUGGCUGUCAUUAAAAUACAAUGAAUAUUAAAGAAAACAAAAACCAAUUAAUCAUUUCCCCCUUAAUUCACCUCUCUCCAACCAAAUAUCUAUACUCUGUCAUGUUGUGUGAAUCAUCUAUGGGUGAUAAUCUUUUUAAAAAUAAAUUUUCAAACUGUAUAUAUAAUUCAUAAAGGAAUUCCCUAGGAAGAAAAUUAUGCUUUAUUUAAAAAAAUAUAUAUCUUCCCAAUAACACCUAUUUCUAGUGUACUCCCCCAUUGUUUUUUACUAUUAAAUGUUAAGUAAGUGAAUCAAGAUCAUGAAUUUUAAGUUUCAUAAAUCUUUUUUAAUAACCAUGCGAUACCUUGUAUAUAUUUUGCCAACUCUAAUAAUUUGCCUUGUACAUUUCUUUUGUAUUUUUGUACCAUUGAUGUUUUAUUCCAAAGAUAUUAAAUGAUGUUAAUAUAUAUA